CUACGGACCCCUGACCGGCACCCACGGACCCCAGACCGGCACCCACGGACCCCUGACCAGCACCCACGGACCCCAGACCGGCACCCACGGACUCCUGACCGGCACCUAAAGACCCCACACCGGCACUCACGGACCCCACACCGGCACUCACGGACUCCACAGAACCCGGAUUGCAUCCAUGGACCCCUGGCGGCACCCACGGAGCCCAGACCUGCACCCCCAGACCACCCCAAACCUGCACCCGCAGCCCCCACGGAACAGCCUCGGCUCCCGGAGCAGCUCCGGUGUGAGCAACGCCGGCUGGAAGGAGACCUGGGCAGCGAAGCUGGCGUGGAGCUGGGACGUGUAAAGCACACGGCCGAGGAGCCUCAAGUCCGCCCCAUCGCUGGGAGAUUGGCCGAGGGCUCCAGACCUGAGGAUGGACACAAUGAACGCAGCCCUGCGUGUGCUGCGCUUUCAUGGGUUUAUUUCCAUGGCACAACUCCCUCUCCCGCUGCUCGGGGGAUUAGGAGGAAGGGGCUGCGACCGUCGGGGUCAGGCUGGGGGGCUGUGUGAUCACCUGUGCAGCAGCACCUGUGCAGCAGCACCCGUGCAGCAACACCUGGCACUGCCCCAGGACACCAAGAGCCAGAAACAAGUGGAUGGAUGAAGGCUGGACACACAGCAGCAUCGCCAGUGGGAAUCACGGGCUGAGACACGGAUCUGCCAUCCAGUGACACCACCACGGCACAGGACAGGCUGAGGAGGAUGUGCAGAGCACUGGGAUACAGCACGGGCAGGAUGUGGCACAACCUGAAUUACUGCACGGCUGGGAUAUGGCAAAGCUGGGAUAGGGCAAGGCCUGGGAUACGGCAAGGCCAGGAUUCGGCACAGAGUGGAUAUGGCACGGUCAGGAUGCAGCACGGAUGGGCUACAGCAAGGCCAGGAUUCGGCACAGAGUGGAUAUGGCACGGUCAGGAUGCAGCACGGAUGGGAUACGGCAAGGCCAGGAUUCGGCACAGAGUGGAUAUGGCACGGUCAGGAUGCAGCACGGAUGGGAUACGGCAAGGCCAGGAUUCGGCACAGAGUGGAUAUGGCACGGUCAGGAUGCAGCACGGAUGGGAUACGGCAAGGCCAGGAUUCGGCACAGAGUGGAUAUGGCACGGUCAGGAUGCAGCACGGAUGGGAUACGGCAAGGCCAGGAUUCGGCACAGAGUGGAUAUGGCACGGCCAGGAUUCGGCACAGAGUGGAUAUGGCACGGUCAGGAUGCAGCACAGAUGGGAUACGGCAAGGCCAAGGCACAGCAGGGACGUGGCACAGCCUGGCAGGAGCGAGGCCUCACUCACAGUGUGACAGGGAGCACUCCCAACACCACCUUCACCAAUUCCCUGCAGCGGGAUUUCCCCUCCUCACACACCUCCCCACUCCCAAACCCCUGGGAAUCAUUUCCCCCAAAUGUGCGCUGUGGUUUGGGGUUGCUCUGCCUGGCUCUUGCCGGGCACUGGGAUUGUUUCCCUUUCCGUGACCUUGCAGAGAAACCAGUUUGGGUUAAAACCGGGCUAAACCCCAAUCCAGCUGCACAGCGUUCGCUCCAGCUCAGCUGGGCUGAGCCCAAGUUUGGAACCCUGUGGGUCGGAUUCCCCCCAUGUGGCCCCAGUGACUGUCCCGGUGGCCCUGUCCAGGGCCAGGGACACAACCACCCACCACCCUCCCCAGCCCAGAAGGAGUUUGGAGCCUCGGGAUGUGCCCAGGGAAGGAAUUCAGCCGGGAGCCGCAUCCCCAGGCUGGAGGCUGAGCUGGGGGCGGUGGAUGGGGCAGGAUCGGAGUUUCUAUCCAUGGCUCUGACCCUGUCCCUGUCCCCCCUCAGCUCUGAUAGCCCCCACAGCCCCUCAGGUCCCAGUCCCUUCAAUCCUUGUGUCCCCUCAAUCCUUGUGUCCCCUCAGGUCCCAGCCCCUCAAUCCUUGUGUCCCCUCAUGUCCCAGCCCCUCAAUCCUCGUGUCCCCUCAAUCCUUGUGUCCCCUCAUGUCCUAGCCCCUCAAUCCUUGUGUCCCUUCAGUCCCUUGUGUCCCCUCAGGUCCCAGUCCCCUCAAUCCUCGUGUCCCCUCAAUCCUUGAGUCCCCUCAUGUCCCAGCCCCCUCAGUCCUCGUGUCCUCCCAGUCCUUGUGUCCCCUCAUGUCCCAGAAUCCCCAAUCCUUGUGUCCCCUCAGCCCCUGUGUCCCCUCAUGUCCCACU